CAUACUGAGAUUUUCUUGUGCAAUCUUACUAUAUGAAAACUUGUUUCGCGCUGCUUUUUGGCCAAUCAGUGACGCGAAACGACUUUUUCACACGUGAAGAAAACGUUUCAACCAAUCACAAAGCUUCGGGUUUGGCGAACCGCGGUAGCUUUGCAUCCAGAUAUAACUUGUGAGUUUAAAAUCUCUCUAUCAUCAAAAAUGGCUAGUAGAUUUGCGUCUUUAGAUAAAAGCAUCGACUCUUUUAUCCAGGAGCAAACAAAUAGAAACACGUUGUCAAAAACACGAAGGGAUAUUGGUUUACUUAACGAGUUUUUACAAAACAAAGGUGAAGAGAGAAUCCUAGAGCAAAUUCCACCUUCCGAGCUGAACAACUAUAUCAGUGAAUUCAUUGUUGUUGUGAGAAGAAAAGAUGGCGAAGAGUUUGAACCUUCUAGUCUUCGUGGACUAAUCUGUAGUUUCAACCGAUAUCUUAAAACUAAAGGAUAUCCUGCGAAUAUCAUUGAAGACAAAGAGUUCGAGCAAGUAAGAGCUGCUCUCAAAGCAAAAAGCAAAGAACUGAAAAAAACUGGCAAAGGAAACAAGCCAAACGCUGCUGAAGCUAUUACUGACGAUGAAAUUUCUGUUUUGUACGAAAAGGAACUACUUGGUAUUUCAAAUGCCGAGGCUUUGAUCAACACAAUUUGGUACAUGAACACGAUUCAUUUUGGACUACGAGCAUGCGAUGAACAUCGACAAAUGAAAUGGGGAGAUGUUCAACUCAAAACAGAUACGGAUGGAACUGAAUAUUUAGAAUAUUCCGAAAGACAGACAAAAACUAGAACGGGUGAGGAUCCCCGAAAUAUCAGACCAGUAAAGCCGAAAGCAUUUGCAACACAAACCCACAAGCCCGACAAAAAUCCCGUGUUUGUUUAUAAACUUUACGCAGAGAAAAGACCUUUGUCAAUGCAAGACCCAGAUGCACCGUUUUACCUUGGAAUAAACCAUGUGAAAGACUCUUCAAAAACUAUCAAGCCUUGGUUUAAAACAGCUCCGAUGGGAGUCAAUAAAUUGAGCAGUUUAAUGAGAACAAUGUCAGAAAAAGCUGGACUUGAUGCUGAUCGCCGACUAACAAAUCACAGCGCUCGGAAAACUAUGGUCCAAAAGCUGAAUGAUAAUAACAUUCCCCCUACACAUAUAAUGCAGCUAUCUGGACACCGGAAUGUACAGAGUAUUAACAAUUAUAGCAACAUAACUAAAGAACAGCAAAAAAACAUGUCAACGAUUUUGAGUGCUCAAAGUACAAACAUGUCAACAAGCGCUUCGCUUGUUCAGCGACCCGUGAAGACUACUUUGUCGGCAGAAACCCGUGAAGUUUCGCUCAGCACCAAAUCAAGUUUUAUCCCAACAGGUCCAUUUUGUGGAGACACUAUAAAUGGUGGGGAAUUCCACAUAACCAUAAACUCUGAAAAAAAAUCACCUAAGUUGCAUGAAAACUCUUUUGCGACACAACGUAAUUUCAAGCGUAUCAAGCGUGUCUUCGAAUCGUCCGAUGAAGAGAGCCCGCCAAUUGUUUAAAAAAAACUAUAUUYAUUUCUUUGUCCUAUUUUGACUUUAACCGAAAAUAGUAUUGAUAUUAUGACUUAUAAACUUUACUUUGUAAAGGAUGAGCAUGUUAAAUUGCUUUUGAACAUUCAAUUCAGCUUUUUGUUUAUUUUGUUACAAGCUCUUUACUAGAAUUUAUUGUUAUGCUUGGUUAGCUGUACUUUUCAGAGUAUUCUCAGACUUUUGUAAAAAAGACUCUAAUAAAUAUUUUCAAGAAAAUCUCAGUAUGUAUAAAAUAAACAAAUUUCAGAAUGGAAAGUCCUUUGUACGAGAUUUACGCACUCGUUAGGCUUGUAUCAGAAACCUCACUCGUUCGCUACGCUCACUCGUUCGGUUUCUGAUACAAGCCUAACUCGUGCGUAAAUCCCGUACGGCAGGACUUUCCAUUAAGAAAUCUAUAUUUUCUCCAUCUUACCCAUGGGUAAACUAAGCAACAGUGAAAUCAUUCUUAUCAUCGUCCGCAAUAACACGGUCACCUCUUUUGUUUCAUUCUACAUUGGCAUAACCAGAAGAACAGGCGUCUAAUGCAGAACAGGCGUCUAAUGUUGCAGUGUCGUCGAGCCCAGAGGCCGGCUGUUUGCCGUGUUUGCCGGCACCCUUGAACUUGAAACGUAAAGGAAGAUUCGAAUGGCUAGCUGCAAAAUUUCGCAGAAAAAAAUAAAAAAAUUAGUUAAAUUUCUGCUCUAACCCUCGGAGCUCAUGCGUUUGCAUCGGUCGAGGACUACGUUUCCAGAAUCUUUUUCCCAUGUGGUUUUCUGUCUGGUUUUUCGUAGCGGGCAACGCAUUCUUUCUCACUACUUUUACUUUUAAUAAAAUAAUUACAAUUUCACAUAUUUUGUGUAAUUUGGGCGCCGCUACGUUGACUUGGGAAAUUCUAGUGACUUCACAUGCAGAUUCGGUGACUACGGAUUGUGAUCCUAUUAUAAUUCACCUUUAUGUAAGAGUUACCGAGAACGGAGGUAUAUAAACCAUAUCCAACCCGAGGGCCGUAGGCUUGAUGAAUGUAUAUGGCUUAUAGCCGAUGUUUGUGGUAAUUGACUGAAUGGUUAUGUACUUCUGCUAAGUACUUAAUGUCCUUAAUUGUGAUAUGAUUUUCUCAGAACAUCAAUGCAAAAUAGCAUUCACUGAAUUCGCCCCCAAAAAUGGUUGUUUUUUUCAUUUCUAUUCAACGGUGAAGUUAAAGAACCCUUUUAUUUACAACGAAGUGAAGUAGUUUUCGUUGCUCAAUUCCAAUUGCUUUUUACAUUAGCAUAUAGUGGUAUAGGACGUUAAUGGUGUUCAGUAGGUCAACUGUUAGAAUCCAAUUGAGAGGAGAGUUUAUCAGUCGGAUUUUUUUCAGCUGUUCGUUCAUUGAUUUCGGUGCGCUCCUACUUAUAAAUUAUUUUUUGUUUUUGCCUUUGGAAAUUCAGUGGGGAUAAAUCUCCCAAUGGUAUGCAAGAUCAUCUUGGGAUUUUUUGGUAAGUAUUUACAUUGGUCACAUUGUUAUAGGUUUUAUCAUACCCUUGGUGUUCCCUUGGAGCCGUUUGCCAAACUUUAGAAGAGUUUCUAUUAUGAUCGUUAUCGCUAUUGUAGUGAUCUGUAGUCUUACGGAAGAUGCUCACAGUUUAUUGGCAUAUGUUUCUGAAAAAGUUCUAUUUGCCAAUGUCUAUUUUCUGCUACAUAUAUUCUGAAUAAGUGUGUCAAGCAUUGAUGUAUACAUUAAUCAAGUCAUGAAGGUCUUUAUGGGACAGCCAUGUGUUCAUAUUGGAUCUCUUUGAGGACUUCAGUUAGUAUAUAGACUGCUGGCUCGAGGAUUUCAAGGAAGUUCUACUCCAUUGAUGGCUUCUGCCAAUUUUUUCCUGGAAAAUUAAGUGGAUGUGGUUAUGGUUCAGAAGGAUGAAAAAGCUAAGUAUAAGCUCGUCAUGAUUGCAUUAUCAUUUGUCUUAGCGAUUUGGUGAGAUCUCAGCUUUUAGAGUUUUUAUUGGCCAGGAUUGUGGAUAUUGUGGUUGUCUGUGACUGCUGUAAGCUUCUAUCUCUCAUCAUUGUUCUAUCUUUCUACAGCCCUUCAACGAAUUGGAAGAGAGAGAGUUCUUGGUUAAGUACUGCUAGACGGUAGGAUGACAUAUCGCGCCUGCAAGGAAACAGCGACCCUGGUGCAGUGAAUUCAUCUCUAAAAAGCGACUCCUCCUCCGCUUCAUGAUCGACUUGGGUCCACCCUACAACUCAGUUAAAGAUUCGUGGAAGUGUUGCAAGCUCAACACAAGCAAAACCAUUACCAAAAGGACAAUAUGAAGGAACUAAUCUCAUAUCAAGAACGAGCAUUUGAAGAUUACAAGGACCAACAACCUAAGCCUCAUGGGUGUUUAUGAAGACUGAUAGCAUAGACAUUUUUCGUCCUGGCCGAAAUGCCAAGGCCUUAAUUUAUUUGAGUAAAGAUAUUAUUAGAAAUGCAGCAUUGCUAGUAAUUUCAUAACCGUUCCCAAAGGUUCAAGGGCGUCAUUGAUAGGGCUGGGAUGUUUCCUCUUUUAUAAUUCAUACGAUACAAAGCGAGUGCUUUGGGUUUUUUCCAUCCCAGUCCUUCUAACUCGUUCACGCCCAUGUUGUCGUUCGUCUAGAAAGUAGGAUUAACUCCGAAGGAUUAACGUCCGAAAUGUCAGUAAGUUAUUUCACCUACUUAACGGUGUUGAAUUUAUCUUUUUACACAACUGUUUCUUUAGAAACAUCGACGCAGCUCACACUAGUUUACCGCUAGUUCCCACCAUUUAGAAAGUAACUUACUGAGUGCAGACGUUUUCUAAAAAGAUUCUCAAUUGAAAUGUAAAUCAUACAGUAAUCAUCAAUUAACAGAGCUUGUAAAUACUUAGUGCUUGAAUAAACCUAAGCGUUCUCAAGAUUAA